GAAAAAUAUACACACUUUAAAAAAAACUUUGUUCACCAAAUUAUAACUAUUUUCUAAAUAAAAAUUGCAUUGAACAGCUUUUGAUUUGUAUCGAAACUUUGAAAGAACAAUGUCUUCGAGAGUGCUGCGCAAGUUGCAAAACGAAAAAGACAAAGAAUUGCCGGAAAAUGAUAAUAUUUCGGACUUGGACAUGGAUAUGCCCAUAGGGGGUGCCAGAAAGAAGCAACUGAAUAUAAACAGAUACGAUUUGCUGAACCAACAAUCUCACUCUGAAAGCGAAGUAAAAGAAGAUGACAACGAAACCGAAGCGGCCAAAUCGUGCGAAGGCGAGCACGUACACGAAUCCGUAAAAAAGAAGCGAAAAAAACGUAAAAAGAAGUCUGGAAAACACGCCAACACUCACAGGAGUAGCGAGGAUAACGCAGAUGUUGAUGAAGUGGAAAGAUCUCUCAGGGAAGUGAACAGGCUUUUAGGUGAAAGCCCCAAAAUCCAUGUUCCUACCAAUCAAAAAUCCCAUGAUAGCGGCACCAAUCACAGGAAAUCAGUGCUUAGUGUCCAACAUAAGCACUUGAAUGCAAACAAUGAGCUUAAAAAAAUGUUUGGUUCUAAAAUUAUACAAGCAGAACAUAAACGAAAAAAUCGUGGCGCAGGUGGCUCUAGGGGCCAUCUAAAAAACACUUGGAUGGCAACUUCUCGAGAAACUGUGCCUCAAAUGGGGAAAGCUGGUUUAUCUAUGACCUUGCUAGAGAGCAAAGAUGGACUUCAAUAUUUCGCUUAUGAGCAUAGUCAAAAUUAUAGACAAGCAGAAAAUACAUUUUUAAAAGCUGUUGACAGUUUAAAUCCAGACCACAUCGUCAGUUUAAUCAAUGAAUAUCCUUACCACGUCAAUGCUCUGAUUCAACUAUCUGAUUUUUGUAAACUCAGUGAAGAUUUAUCAACAGCCGCUGAACUUAUUGAAAGGGCCUUGUACUCUUUGGAAUUUUCAUUCCACCCGAUGUUCAACGUAACCCAAGGAAACUGUCGUUUAGAUUAUCGCAGACAAGAAAAUCGCGCUUUGUACAUUACAAUUUUUAAACAUUUAACUUUCCUAGGCGGCAGAGCGUGUUGUCGCACUGCACUAGAAUUUUGCAAGCUUCUAUUAUCUUUGGAACCCGACAACGAUCCUGUUGCUAUAAAAUUGGCUAUUGAUUUUUACGCUUUGAGAGCCAAAGAGUAUCAAUGGUUGGCCGAUUUUGUUGAGGAAUUAGAUCCGGUGUAUAACUUGUUGCAGCUGCCCAAUAUGGUUUUUUCUGUUGCAGUGGCUCAUUUUUAUUUAGGUGAAACGAAUAAGGCAGAUUCAUACUUACAGAAUGCCUUAUUAAUGUUUCCUAGAGCCUUAAUGCUUCUACUCGAUAAGUGUUCAAUACAAAUCGACACCAGAGUGUCCACUCAUCAAUUUUUCAGCAACCAAAAUGAAAAAAACACACCAGCAGCCUUGAACCAAUUAAUCCUCCUCUACGUCAACCGAAACUAUCACAUAUGGAAAGAUCAUGACCUUUUACCGUGGCUAGAAAAAAACGUGCACGAAGUCCUUGACAUGGUAGACCGAAAAGAGCCAAUAGUUGAAGAAUACAAAGAAAUACGCCUCAGAAGAUUUUCAGGGCCUUUACCUUUAAGCAUAGGACGACAUAUCAUUUUGUCAGAUGACAUUAAAGGUGUGUCCUAUUCUGAUUCAACUGGACCAAUAAUGAGCUGGGAUCCUUUACCACCCAAAGACUCUAUUAAUUUAUAUACCAGGCCUCAAAGAAAUGUCAACAGCCAUAGUUCUACUAAUCCUUUUAUGAUGUUCAUUAACUCACUUAGGCCUCAAUUCAAUCCUAAUCAAUUGCAGGAAGUUUUUCCUCCUGCUCAAGAAGGUGGUCUAAUGGAUGAAGCUCAAGCUCUAGAAGACAAUGGACAAGCUCUAGAAGAUAAUGGAGAAUUGAGACGCAGUGUGGCGUCUCUUGUUGAGGCUAUGCGUGAUUUGCUAAACAACAUCAGACCGGAACAACAGCAGCAAAAUGAUGCUGAUGAUGAUGCGGGAGAUUCUCCUGAUGAGGAACCUUUGUAGAUGCAUACAAACAGAGAACCAAUAAUUUUUUUUGUAUAAGAUUGGAUAUAAUAAUGCUUCAAUUGGAAAUUGAAAUUCCCACAAUUUUGUAUUGCUAUACGCUUGUUAUUAUUGCAUGAGAACAGCGUGCAAUAUUUACAUAAUAUAAAUUUGUUGUUAGGUAAUAAUUAUUCGAAAAAAGAAUUUUAAUACUGUAUUGGUUGUGAUUAAACCUUUAUUGAUUAGUAUUUUCAAAGAUCUUCUAGUGCUGCAAAUGGUACCUUGAAGCCCAAACUUUCAUCAACAGGCGGAUAUUGAUCGAAAAAGUUAAAAUCAAUUAGAACCCUUGGCUGCGCAUAAGGAUGUCGUAUUUUAUUACGCUUGAUCUUUAAUUCUGGAGGACAUCCAUAUUCCAUUAUCGAGUAGCACCGUUGGGUAAAUUGAUUGGUCGGAUAAUAAGCCCCAUAACGUUUUCCGUCAACAUAAUAAACUUUAACAUCAAUAUUGUUUUGUUCCAAUACCCCAGAUUCCAGCAGUUUUUCGAUUUUGGCCAAAGUAAUCGGGCCCAAAUAAUUACCCCAAAUAUAAAGGUAUCGCAUUUGGGUACUUUUCUUUAUUGUAUCGAAAAUCUCGGCCAAGCCUUUGUCUUGAAUUUUGUUAUUGUGCAAAUCCAACAAUCUGAUUCUUGUAAACGGUAGUACCAAGCCAAGUGCUUGACCGCCAACAAUAGUAAUAUCAUUGGCGGAAAUUUGAAGUGCCAUUAAAGAAGGACGAGUUUUCAGCCAAUGACAUAAAAUUAGCACACCAUCAUCGCCAAUUUUAUUGGCAGUUAAAUCCAGCAUUUUCAGAUUUAUAUGGACUUUUAGGCCUCCUAAAAGUAGC